CUCCCUCUGACAUGUGCUUUAGUUGCAGCAGAAAGGAAAUGUGUCAUCCAUCUGUGGUUUGGUUUUAAAAGUGGAAAGCUAGCUGUACAUAUUCUUUUUUACUGCCGAUUUACUUUAAGGUUCAUAAUCUCCAAGUCUAUUCUGCUUUAAAUUACUUGGAAGCUGAGCUUCAAGACAAGAAAAGACGUGGUUUAUUAAAAUCACAUUAUAAACAGAUUUUGACCAAGCAUUUCAUAAGAUUACCAGUAUACUCAAGGACAUGAAACUCACAGGACAUUACCUGCAUCUUGCCUGGCUGAUGACAACAGUUUUUUUUCUGUCCCCUGGAACAAAAGCAAACUAUGCCCAUCUGUGGGCUAACAAUACUAUCUGGGAUCCAGUUAUUCAAAACAAGACAGGCAAAAACCAAGAUGAAAACAUUAACACAAACCCUAUAACUCCUGAAGUAAACUAUAAAGGUAAUUCUACAAGCAAGCCUGAAAUAGCAACAUCAUCUCACAUCAUAUCUUUAACUCCUAAAUCUGAACAGAUUUAUACACUUUCUGUUCUCAGGAACAGUUCUCCACCAGUACAGAACACUGAAAACACAAGCAAAAGUCACAGUGAAAUUCUCAAAAAGGAUGUCUGUGAUGAAAACAACAACAAAACAGCCAUGCUAAUUUGCUUCAUUAUAAUUGCAGUGCUUUUUCUUGUCUGUACGCUUCUAUUUCUAUCAACUGUGAUUCUGGCAAACAAAGUCUCAUCUCUCAGACGAUCAAAACAAGCAGGCAAGCGUCAGCCUAGAAGCAAUGGCGAUUUUCUGGCAAGCAGUGGUCUAUGGCCUGCUGAAUCAGACACUUGGAAAAGAGCAAAACAGCUUACGGGGCCCAAUCUAAUGAUGCAAUCCACUGGAGCGCUCACAGCUACAAGGGAAAGAAAAGAUGAAGAAGGAACUGAAACACUUACUAACAGAUGCUUUAAUGAAGAAAAAUGCAAAGUAGCAAUGAGAAAGACUAUGGAGUAAAAAUGAAGUCAGCCUGGUAUUUAUUGCCGGAGUGUUGGUCUAGUGGUCUAAAAUUUGACAUGUCAGGCCUUACAAUUCAGAAUGAAGUGGUGGGAAGGGCAGAGGCAUGGCUGCUUACUUCUUACUUAAAUUGUGCACUUAUGUCUUGACACUGAAUAUUUUAAACGGCAAAUAAUAAAGCAAGCAUUUGGGGAAGGUUUGUAAGAUGAGUCGAGGGAGCUGGCCAGAAGAGGUAGAAAGGGAUAAUUAAAUAAGUAUUCUCUAUUCAGCAACAGUUGUUAGAUGAUCUUUCCUUGAAUGUAAUUAAACUUAGAGUUUAGAGCCAAGCAUAUGCUUCAACAUCUAAUAGAAGUUGAAUUCCUAACGUAUAGAGUUGAACUGUAUAGUUUUAAUGGUACUUUCUUUGCCGGAUGUGGCAGAAUCCAUACCAGCUCCUAUUUCAACACAGCUAAUUUUAGGCUAGAUGUUUUCAUCUUUACAUAUGGCACACAAAAGAAAAUGUUUCUCUACUAUAAAUAUUAAAUUAAACCUUUUAAUUUUGUAUAGUGAAUUAAGACUAGUUAAAAUAAAACUGUGUGUAUAUUAAUACUUGUACUUACUUUACUCUCUUAGAGAACACAUUGUAAAGAUCAAUAGGAAACAGGGCACAACUAAAAUAGAUGAGACUUAUGGCCACAUCAGAAGGCUAACUGUAAAUAUAAAAUACGCCUUACUGUUUAAGUUGUAACGUGCAUCUUUUCUAUAAAUGCUCAUUGAAGUAGUAAUAGCAAAUAUCCAAAGCUUGCCUAAUUUUUGGGCUUCAAGGGUGCAAAAGUGGCCUAAAAGAUGACCAAUUUUAUGUUUUAUAUCUACUAUUUAAAUUUUCAGUAAUAUCCAGUGACAUGAGAAAAAGAAGGUGUGUGAGUGUGUGUGUUGAUCAAGUAUGGAAAAAACCAAAGGCUUUAGAUAAUUAUUUACACCUUUAAAAAAAUUAGCUUUAAGUAAAAUAACGACAGAUUUAAAUCAAGACUUCCAUCUUCAAUUAAAUAUAUUACAAAAGUUAAUUUGAGAGACUUUCCAACUAUCUACUGAAACUGACACAGGGCAUACUAAUUGAAGACUAGGCUACAUUUUUAAAACUUUCAUGCCUUACUGAACAUUUAUUUUGGGCAACAGGUCAGCUUUUUCUUUCUUUUUUUGCAAGUAUGACCACAAUCUUACUCUCCCUUCUAGGUUAGUGAUUCUCACCCUGUCUGCAUAUCAGAAUCACCGGAAAAGCUUUUAAAAAACACCAAUGCCUAAUUCUUCUCCCUCUCUCACUUCUGAUUCAAUUGGAGUGAGUGAGUUUCAGGCACUGGCAAUUUUUGCAAAACUCUCUAGGUGAUACUGCUCUUGGUCAUCAAAUUUACUUCUUCAAAGUUCUGUGGCCCCAAAGAUCUAGAUUACAUUUUAAAAUGAGGAGAAAAAAUAAAGAUAAUUUUAUUACAAUUUACUGCCAAUUAGUCAAAAAAUUCAUUCCCUAAACAAAUUAUAACCAUGUUAUCCCAGCUAAACGCCAGCAAAGUAAAAAGGAAAGCAAGAGAAUACUCAGGAGCCUGAGCUGCAGUGGACUAUGCCAAUCAUGGUGACAUCGGAUUAUCUUUUGAGGGGUAAAAAAUGGUCCGGGCUGCAAAUGAAACUGGGCAAAGCUCCCUAUUUUGUGCAAAUUAAAAAUCUGAGAUUGCACACCAGAACAAAUAGUGAUAACUGCAAAGUACUCCUUGAAUCAAGUAUUGUAAAUAAAUACUUGCCAGAGGAAGUUAAAACCAUUAGUAUCAUUUUAAAAAUAAUUAACUAGACAACUACUUUUAUAUUCAACAUACAGGUCAAAUAUUUUCUCACAAAACAGGACAUUUCCACUGGCAGGAAUAUUUAAAAUUCAGCACUGCUACUUGGUUAUUAAAAUAUUCACCAUCAGAAUGAUACCAUCCAAUGACAGCUCAUGAACGUAACAGCAAGCACUUCCUGCAAACUUGACGGGUAUGUAAAGACGAUAGGUAAGAUAUCUUUGAGUUCAAAUUAAAUCAGUCAUUAUUAAACAAAAAAAAAAACUAAUUUAUUUUCUACCCCUGAAUUUUAUG